AUGAUCACCAAUAGGCGUAUUCUGAAAUCUUUUGAGGAAAUAAGCCGUUCGUUAGAGGAAUCAUUACGAGAAGUUGCGUUGGAUUCACAACAACAAUUGGUUCAAGAUGUUCGUGAAGAAAAUGCUGAACUGAGUAGAUUGCAGGAUCAAUUACAAGAGGUCAGGGCAAUUGUUGAAAAAGUCUGCAUUUCAAUCAAAAGUAAUAAUAUUGACUCUUAUUGUUCAAUUCCUUUUGAUUCGCUAUAUAAUAUUUGCAAGGACAUUGCAGAUCCUUCAUCAUUUGAAGACGGAGAUUUGCAAUACCUUGUCACACAAGCCAUAUUUGAAUAUAUCAUCUUAUUAUGCUACUAUUCUGUAACUAACGAUUGUGUCCAAGGUUUGCCAUCAGUGUAUGAAGCUGAACAAUACUAUAAAACUGUUAGCGAUUCAACCUUAAAGUCAUUUUUAUAUUGCUUACAAACCUCAGUGUCGACCAUACAUCUGUUAUCUCAAACUAUUCAGAAAGAAAUACAUAAGAAAAAGCUACUGCAUCAAAAAUGGUCAUUAAAGGCAUUGUCAUUUGAUUUACUAGAAGAAAUACGCCCAAGAAUAAAUAAAUUUAUGGUAGUUCGUAACUUUAGGUUUGUUGGGCUACCGAAGAAACCGAUUGAAAUAGCUUCUUUGAUUUCAGAUAUACCACGUGGAGUAGUCAAUGAAAGGCUUAAUGUAAUCAAUCAAUCAUCGAAGAGCUAUACUAUCAAACUGGGGCACUUGAUUGCUGACUUCAAUCAAUCAUCAGAAGCGAAUGGCGUGUUAUCUGAACUGCAUUUACCCAACUACGAAAGGCAUCUACAAUCAUUGCAAAAUUUCUUUGGAUUAGAAAUCUCUGACUCAAAUCUAACUGAUGUGAUUCAAUGUUCAGCAAAGUUUCAUAAAGAUCGCCCUUUGAGAAAAUUCGCCAAACCAAGUGUAUUAACUAGGUAUUGGCCUUCGAUCUUUCUAUGUCUCUUGUAUGGACCAUCAUCGAUUAUAUCUUUGUGGGACUCCCGGUAUGUUAUUCAAGAUUUUAUCAAAAAUAACGUAGUUGAUUUUGCUAAAGGGUUGAUCUUGAACUGGCUAUGGGCUCCUUUGAAGCAAGUGUGGUCUACUGUUAAACAUGACGAAGGAAGUGCCAUUUCAGUCACAUCACAAGAGACCCUUAAUUCUGACAUGGAUUCCCUUACCAGAAUGAUUGUUAGCUUUGUUGUGGAUAAUAGUGACUCGGCAUCUAACCACUUAAUAGACCCUAUUAUAUUAAGUACUAAAGUCGAACAUGGUGAUUUGACCGAAUUUAUGGAAAUCUAUGAAACACAGUUACACCAUCCAAUAAAGAAUAUUGCUACUGGUGGGCUAGUUAGGUCAUUAUUGAUUCAACUGCAGAAAACAAAAGUCGAUGGUUCGAUGGCUUUAAAUGGUAUUGAUAAAAUGCUAAAAUCGCAACAAUUGGUGUUUGGAGUUGUAGCAUUAUCUCCAGCUUUAGUAAUUCUAUAUUCAUCUAUUGUGGCGUUGAAAAGAUUCAUUAAAUUAGGCAACGUGUGGUCCAAUGUGAAGCGUUAUAGAGAGCAAGUAAGUAUAAGCCUGAAUAAUGUGGAAAGAAUCCUGAACUAUUACAACCAGGGUUCAGACGCAGAUGAGGAACACUUGAAUCAAGGCCUAUUAGUGAUUGAGGUUUCUAAUUUAUAUAAACUGGGCAGUUCAUUAAUCCCGACGUCAAGAAAGAAAGAAUGGUUUAGGGAUGUGGAGGAAUUGGUAGAUGCUAAUCUUGACUCCAAAGCUCACAUAAACGUUGUUAACAGAAUAUACCACGUGUACGGCAGGUUUUUGGUUCAGUAG